GAAGUCAAGAGAAGGGGGAAGGCUCAGAGGAUAGGGAGAGACAGAAAGGAGACAGAGGGAGAAACAUCAGCUGCGAACAGAAUAAAACGCAACCGUGAAUUCAACAAAACACAAAGGGAAGAGCAAGAGUGAUAGACAGAGAGAGAGAGAGAGAGAGAGAGAGAGAGAGAGAGAGAGAGAGAGAGAGAGAGAAAGAGGCAGCACUAAUUGCAGCACUUGAUACUGUUAGACAGAUAUAAAGAAGAGAGUGAGUAGAAGGGGCAAGUGAAAGGCAGAGGGACCAAGAGGAGACGCUGGUGGCCGGAAUAUUAAACCAGGCUGGAUUAUAUUUCACUGCACUGUGGAGAGACACACAGAGGCAGCAGGAAAUGUGUGAUGCAAACCUGCCUAACUGUGUGCAUUAGCAGUAGAGUGCAUAUAAGUGUUUAGGCUGUGUGAGUUCUAAAGUGUGCGCAGUGUGUGAGUGAGUGUGUGUAACAGCCAUGAGGAGGAUAUUUUUUAGCGUUUUUCUGUUGCUCCUGGCUACUACUUUACUGGGAGCAUGGAAACCAUCUAAACCCAGACUCCAGUUCACAUUUUCAGAGCUGGUGAGCAGUGGGAGACUUCUGUCUCUCCCGCUGUCUGCCGGAGACCUCAACUCUCUGCUGCCUGACGAAGAUGGCCGUCUCCUGUACAUCAGCAUAAAGGACUACCUGCUCACAGCCAGUCUGGAUGACAUUACACACCCUCCUCGCAAGAUCUACUGGCCAGCAAGCCCAGAUGGAAUCCAAGACUGUUUGAAUGCAGGAAAAGACCCACAGUUGGAGUGUGCUAAUUUCCUGCGUGUGUUGGAACCUUACAACCAAACACACUUGUAUGUCUGCGGAACUGGAGCCUUUAACCCUCGGUGUGCCAUCAUCCCCACGCACCUCUUCUUCACGGCGGAGCGGCACACACUGCGUUAUGAGCACACAGAGACCGGCAAAGGGAAGUGUCCCUAUGACCCCCAGCAGAAGACUGCCACCGCCAUCAUCGAUGGAGAGUUGUAUGCCGGUAUAACCUCUGACUUUAUGAGCCGUGACUCAGCAUUUUUUCGAAGCCUGGGAGAACGUCAUGUGAUCCGCACAGAGCAAUAUGACCCCACCUGGCUACAUGAGGCUGAGUUUGUGCGUGUGGCUUUGAUGAAGGAGAGUGAUAAUGAGGAAGAUGAUAAGGUCUACAUGUUCUUCACUGAGCGCGCUCAGGAGGCCGAAGGGCCAGUCGGCAAAGUGCUGUACUCUAGAGUGGCCCGCGUCUGCAAGAAUGACAUUGGAGGUCAGCGUAGCCUGGUGAAUAAGUGGAGUACAUUUCAGAAGGCUCGACUGGUUUGUUCUGUGCCGGGCCCUGGAGGCAUACAAACACACUUUGACCAACUCCAGGACAUCUUCAUUCAGUACGGAAAAGACAGGAAGAGCCCUCUGAUCUAUGGCCUCUUUACCACUACAAGUGACGUGUUAAAUGGAUCUGCAGUGUGUGUGUACCGCAUGCAGGACAUCAUCCGUGCCUUCAAAGGAAACUUCUACCACAGGGAGGGGCCACAGUACAAGUGGGAGGAGUUUACUGGCAGAGUUCCCUAUCCGAGGCCUGGAACAUGUCCAAGCAGCACUUAUGGAAGCUUCCGUUCAACGAGGGAGUAUCCCGACGACGUCAUCUUCUUUAGCCGCACCCACCCACUGAUGAAGGAAGUGGUGCUUCCCGUAGAUGGCCGACCACUGAUGAUCAGAGUGGGCGUCCACUAUAAGUUGACCCGCCUCGUCGUGGACAGAGUGGAGGCUGUGGAUGGGCAGUAUGAUGUUCUAUUCAUCGGAACAGAUUCUGGUCUGGUGUUAAAGUCCAUUAACCUCCCUAAAGAGAGAGGACAAUAUCAGGAGGUCACACUGGAGCAGCUACAUGUUUUUAAGCACAGGUCACCAAUCACCGCUAUGACACUGUCCAAGAAGAAGUGGCUGUUUGUGGGUUCUGCGGAGGGGGUAUCCCAGCUGGCUUUGUUCCAGUGUGACCUAUAUGGCCAGGCCUGCGCAGAGUGCUGCAUCGCUAGAGACCCAUACUGCACCUGGGAUGGCCACGCCUGCAGCCACUAUAUGCCAAUCGCACGCAGGAGAAACACUCGUCAGGCUGGUGAUGACAGGAAUCCUUUAAACCAGUGUGUCAGACAGGGAGCUGGCCUACAGGUGCAAACAGAGGAGAAAACAAUAAUGGUUGCUGAGGGUAACAGCACUUAUCUUGAGUGUUUGCCAAAAUCCCACCAUGCUGCAGUUACUUGGUUUAAGCAAACAGGAGAGAACAGUCUAGAGCAAUACCAGGUGACAUCCGGAGAUCAGUUGGUGGUGAUUGACAGAGGCAUUCUGAUCCCGAGGGCGGAGCUUAAUCAUGGGGGCAUAUAUCACUGUCAGCUGGAAGAACAUGGUUUCCGUUGGACGGCCGUCACGGUUCGCCUGAGCGUGUGGAGCCCUGCUCAGCGCUCUAGGCCAGACUCCUCGCAGCCCUGGUACCAGGAUGUAAUGUCACUCAUACACAAUGCUGACUUGGAACGGUACUGCAAGGAGAUGGGCCAACGACACCACCCCAACAGAGAGAAGACUUCCAGGGAACUGGCACUGAAGCGGGAGAAGAAAAAAGGAGAGAAACACAAACACAGAGGAAAAGGGGGAGAGAGGGAGAGAGGGAGAGGGAGGAAGAACAGAAGCAAAAUGGAGAUGGCUGCUCCGAGGCCUCCCCGAAGCACCUAGAGAUAGCUGUACCAUACACAAAAGAUAUGUGUGAAGGUUUACAACUCUAAACCACAAUUCCAGUGGACGGAAGCCAAAACCCAAACAUCAACGUGCAUGUCAUACACACUUACAAGCUUAAGCAUGAAGAGAAACCUAGUCUGAUGAGAAAAACAGUGUUGUUUUUCUGAAGCAAUGGGAAGACUGAAUAUGGGACAUUGUAAAGGCUGUUCUUAAGCAGUUAUGUACAAAUGGCAUGGCAGCAGCCUGUUUGAGGGAAGACCCCAAAGAUGAACUGUGUUGUUAUAAGAACUAGGAGAAUGGACUUGAGGACAUGGCCAUUUACUGGUUAUGCUAAUGAACAGAUGGCCAUUAAUAUAAUGACUGUGCUAUGCAGACAUGGAAUAAGCCGUCUCAAAAUGGGGGAGCAGUCUGUGUAAGCCUCCCAGAAAUAGGGAACAUCACGAAAAGCUCUUUGUUUUUAAAAGGCUGCUGGAUUUGAAGAACAAAUGUACCUUUUAAAAUACCUGCAUCUCUAUGUAUUGCUGUAAGUGUUUUUUUCUUUAUUUAUCUUUGUAUUUAUUUUUACCUCUUCUGGGUCUUGACUCAUGAUAAACACAAACUGUAUUCUCAAUAAUUGUUUUCUUUACUGAUUACCAACUGAGACAAAUACUCAUUUGAAUGAAAUUUGACAUGGUUUAAUAGAUGAAUUAGCACUGUUGACGAAAUCCCGUUUAGCUACUGAGAGAUUUGAUAUAUGUAUCUCCUUUAGCUAUAGAGUGAUUUGAUAUAUGUGUAUGAACCUAUAAUUCCCUUUUUUACUAUUUUAAUUAAUUGUUGUGCUUGCUGUUUGAUGACAUUGGAAAUAUACCCUAAAAAUGUGCUAAAUGAAAGCAGUUUACUGUAGUAAAGAAGAAGUUAAGGGAAUAGUAGUUCACAGUAGUUGAACUGUUUCUAGCCAAUUUUGGCACUUGAAAUUUCAUGAAAAACAAGGCAUACUUGAUGGUAUGCUUUAUGACAGCCUAUCUACCAACUGACCACUUUUCUAAUUGAUAGUUGUCAGGGUCUGCUCACCCCAUUGGAAAACCGCCUUCUGAAUCUAUUAGUGUAACGGUAAUAGGAAUUUGCACACAGGCCAAUUUGACUAAUUGCAUGCAACCUAUGGCAAACAUUGAAGCUCUUGCUUGUAUAGUUACAUUAAAAGUUGAAAGAUCAUAUUGACCCAUUG